AUGAAGUUCCUGGCCAUGCUUUUCCUGCUGUCUGUAGGCAUAGCUGGCACUGAUGCCACACCCCGUGCCAUGUGGACCCUCCGCAAAAUGAUCAAAUGCACCAUCCCCAGCAGCUUGCCCCUGCUGCAAUAUGCUGACUACGGCUGCUACUGUGGCUUGGGAGGCAGUGGGACCCCAGUGGAUGAACUUGACAGGUGCUGUCAAGCACAUGAUCACUGCUACGGCCUGGCAUUGGAACAUGAAUCAUGCAAAUACAUCUUGGACAACCCUUACACAGAGUCCUACUCCUUCCAUUGCUCCAAUAAGAUGGUUAUAUGUAGCAGCAAAAACAGCGACUGCAAGGCCUUCAUCUGCGAGUGCGACCGCAUCGCUGCUACGUGCUUCGCCAAGGCACCCUACAAUUCCCAGUACCACAAGCUGGACACGGAGAAAUACUGCAAAUAA